CGAGUCGCGAUUGAUCCGCAUCUCUCUCAAGCCCGGUGCGAUGUUCCUGCGGCGCCUGAGCACGUCCGCCUCCGGCGCCCUCCGCCGGCGCCGCCGCGGCGCCAAGGACGACGGUGUCGUAACCGCCCUGCGUGCGGAGAUCGCCCACGAGCUGUCCUCUUCCCCCUCCUCCUCCUCCCCCCCUUCCCUCCAUUAUCAGGAGACUCUUGGCUUUGCCACCGUGUCGGAUGCGCCGCGUGCGCAGGACGUGCUUGUGCGCCGCCGCGGAGACGCCGAGGAGGUCCACGUGUCGGCGCUGCUCGCCCCACUGCGUUUCGAAGGCGAGGAACCGCUGCCCAGGGACGCGCUCAUGAAGGUGUUCGUCAGCAAACCAGGAGUGGAACCGCUGCUGCGCUUCGACUGCCGCGCGGUUGCCGCCGCCGGCGGCGCUGCUGCUGGCUAUGAUAUAACUGCCCUUUCGUAUCACGCGUUCCCUGGCGAUGGUGGAGGCCGCAAGUAUGAAGGGCCAGACUUCGGGCUUUUGGAUCCUAAGCUACAGACUGCACUGAAAGAAUAUCUCCUGGCAAGAGGUGUUACCCCCGAACUGGCGACCUCACUUCGUGAACACUUGCUUCAGAAGGAGCAGGCCCAGUACGUGAGCUGGCUGAAAACAUUGGAAGGGAUGUUCACCAAGGAUCAUUGACCUGAUUGUUGGCCGAAAAGAUGAAGAAGAGAACGAUUGUUGACCUAUUAGACUAUUAGUCCUCGGCUGUUCAACUUUGCUCGUCAGUUGUUAGUCUGUUCCUGACGAGACGAAUGCUUAAUGUUCUUUUGGCCGUGACAAUGCGGGAUAUAAGGUGAAUGCUGUAUCUCGGUUAA